UGCAAAGGGGUUAUACCCUCCCUCUCUCUCUCUCUCUCUCUCUCUCUUCCUUUCAUUCUUAUAUCACCAGCCACCACCACCAUCAUGUUUCUCACUCUUUGUUGCUGAUCUGAGCUACCCAGACAUCCUCACAUGUGUUGUUGUUACUGCUUGUGUCGCUCCAUCGGACCAGCUCCCAUCACGACCCAUAUUUUCUUCUCUAUUCUUGUACCUAGUUUCCGUUCGGUUUUAUGGAGGGUUUCCCUCCAAAUCUUGAUCCCGAUGUUUCUACGCCAUUGGAAGGACAAUUGGAUAAAGCAAAAUUAGGCUCAAAAUCAGUUACUAUUUUCACCUCGAAUCUUCCUUUUGGCUCUUAUCAAGCUAAAAAAGUGUCUAUAUGUGUUAAGAAAUUCAAUCCAGGUGAAAAAUUAGCUAAACCUAGGGUUACCGGUUCGGAAAAUAGCGAUCUUCUGAAGAAAUUGAGCUCCAAUCCUCCGAUUCAUUACAUUACAGGAGGAAAAAGGGGGGUCGUGUGUGAUGUUUCUGGAAUAGAUGGAGGAGGCAUGUGUGGUGUUUUUGGGAUGGAGAAAUCAAUGGUCAGUAAUGGAAUGGUACUCACCGGAAGUACCUAUGUCGCUUUUCUGGAACAGGGCACCUGA